AUGACUGUUUGGCUGUCACUACAUGGCGCUGGAGUUAUCAAGCCUGCGGAAAGCUCAUUUAACAUUACACCUGGCGAAAUUGGUUCAGUCUUAAGACCAACAGACGUUAACGCCCUCACCGGUUCCAUCAUCUUUCCCAUGCCAAAUUUACCACAGAAUGCUUUGAACUUCGUCUCAAUAGAAGUCAGCUUCACAGCUUGUAAUGCAAGAGUCGAUGAGGUGGCUAUCAUAUGCGAUGGUUACAAGGCAUUUCAAAAAAAGAGUCUCAGAAAGAUAAGGGACUUUAAUACCAAAGUCUCCCUCCCUGACGGAAAUAUCGAUGGUCUUACUAGAGGCCUCGCAUUAUCAAUUCAAGUGGAGUUUCAGACUGUAUCUGCAAGUCUCGAAUUCCGGUGGGCUGGGCUAGAGAUCGCUGUCUCUCCAACUUUACCGGUAGCGAGUCCUAGGUGUGAGAGUGGUACUUGGAAUGUUAUGGAUGUUCGACCGUGGGAUGAGCCUAGGGAGAAGACGGAAGGUUGGAUCGGGUUUUCAAAAGAGUUUGAGUCACCUCCAAUCGUAAUGUUGAGUUUGACCGGCGUGGAUAUUGGAAAUGAGGCCAAUUCUAGAGUCAAGGUCUAUACCUCGGAGGUAACCUCGCAUGGGUUUACUGUUCAUGCGGACUCAUGGGGAAACACUAAACUAUACUCAUGUGGAGCGUCAUGGAUUGCAUUAGGACACUGA